UAAAUUUUAUAUUUCGAAAUAUGAUAAAAGUAUAAAAAAUGUUGGAAUUGGUCCCGCGUGUUUCCUUCCCGCGCACGUCGUACUAGGUGGAAGUUGGUCAUGGUCGUCCGCCAAACGGAAAGCCGCCAUGAUGGCUUUCUGUAAAGUACUCUCAAUAUGUAAAGUUUCGUUAUUGUUUUUCAUUAAUUGUGACUGAGUGCGUGCAAAAAUUAAUCAUGGGAACGAACUAGAGUGUGCAAAGUUCAGUUUACGGUCCUUUGGGACCUCCUAGUGGAGCUAUAAAGUGUUUUAUAAGUGCAUUUUUGUGUCGACGCUAGCGUGUUUUGUUCUGUCAACAAAAUGUCGAAGCUCUCGUUUAGGGCGAGGGCCCUGGAUGCGUCGAAACCAAUGCCCAUAUACCUCGCCGAGGAGCUUCCGGAUUUACCGGACUACUCGGCGAUUAACCGUGCUGUACCUCAGAUGCCUUCUGGAAUGGAAAAAGAGGAAGAAAGUGAACACCAUCUGCAGAGGGCGAUAUCAGGCACUGGUCUGAUAAUACCAACGCCUGAGGUAUGCCAGGUCAGCGACCUAGACUUCUACGAACGAUGCUACCCGCCCGAUUACAAAAUGCCCAAGCAACACAUACACAUGCAACCGCUGUGGGAAGAGCAAGAGGCGCCAGAGUACGACAUCGACACGGAGGAUGAAAGGUGGCUGAAACAGCAAAGGCAUCCUGAGCUCACAGAGCUAAAGUUCGAGCAGAUGAUGGACAAGCUGGAGAAGAGCUCUGGCCAGACGGUGGUGACCCUCAACGAGGCCAAGCUGCUGCUGGAGAGGAACGACGACCUCGUCAUCGCGGUCUACGACUACUGGCUCAAUAAGCGGCUUAAUACGCAACACCCGCUGAUCCUGUCGGUAAAAACAGAGAACAGGCCGGGCCAGUCGUCCAACAACCCCUACUUGGCAUUCAGGCGGAGGACGGAGAAGAUGCAGACCAGGAAGAACAGGAAAAACGACGAGAGCUCGUACGAGAAGAUGUUGAAACUGCGACGGGAUUUGGCGAGAGCGUUGAGCCUGUUGGAGUUGGUCUCACGGCGGGAGAACGCCAAGCGAGAGCUCGUCAGGUUGACUGCAUUGAUCGCCGAGCGACGGUACCAUGCCGGGGACUUCGCCAACCAACUGCUGCCUGAACCACCGCCAAGGACAACCUACAGCGCAGUGCCGAUAUCAUCAUCAUCGUUCCGUCGCGAGCCGUACCCGCUGCCUCACUACCCGCCGCGCCCGCCCCCAACACCCGUCGACCAGCCGCGACAGCGAGAAAAGCGACCGUACAAGAGACGGAAACACAGGCAUCCUGUCGUCGGCUCCGUGCAGGGGCUGAGAGACUCUGGCGUGUACACGUCUUCGGAGGAGGAGAGCAGCGCCCGCGCCGAGACCUCCACUCCGCCCGACGAUGGACCAUUCACCUUCAGACGGAAACCCGGCUGUUAUUAUGAAAUGCCGACGUCUACGUUGUACGGAGACCCGUUGGAUCCGGAAGAUACCUCCGCCGACGCUUUGUGCGAACACGAGGUCGAUGAGAGGCAUAGGUACACGCUGACGUCGCUGCGCGCGGCGGGCGGCGCGCGCUGCGUGGGGUUCGCGCGGCGGCGCGUGGGUCGCGGCGGCCGCGUCGUGCUCGACCGCACGCGCACGCCGCUGCACGACCUCUUCACACAGCUGCCCUUCACCUUCACCGACUCGCACCACUACCGCCAGCAGAAGGAUGAGGAGGUGGAACUCGAGACAAAAGCGCAUCGUACGCCUAAAGAAAUGACUCGAGAUUACCAUACGAGCGGGAAAUACCCCUGGAGACACGCGUUCCGACGACAUCUAGCCAGGAACCCAGAACUCUGGACAAAGCCGGAUCCAGACGAUCCAGACGACGGACUCGCAGACAGAAAUACCCUACCAGACGUUAUACAAGACAGUGUUAAAAGUGAUAUUAGAUUUAGUGCAAGGACUAUAGAUGAAGUUGUUCAGGAUAAUCUGCAGAGAGUUAUGAGGAAGCGUUCGUACAGCGGCUGCUCGGACAGUAGCUACGACUCCGAUGAACCUCUACAACCCGUCGAGAAGGAGUUCGAACAGUUUAUCAAUGAAGUUAAUAAGAAAUGGUUACAUUUCCGACCGAAAACACCGCCGCCUUCGCCACCCCGCCAAGAAAAGCCUGACCCCGAUCAGUUCCCGAUCGCCCUAGACACCCCCAUCUCUGUAGAACUCAGGGCCGCUGAGAAGCCCCCGACCGAAGGCCUAGACUCGUUCACUACUUCGGAGUUCACCCUUGGAGAAUUGUACCCGGAUAUUACCCCGGAUAUAGAUAAUAGUGCCGGUAGCUUGGACAUCAGCGGUGAUGAUCUGCUUACUGAGAAUUUUACGGGUCUGACGGAAGCGCAAGUGGAAAGCAUACUAUCAGAGACGGACCUCAAGGCAUUAGCAGAGGAGGACGACAAGAAGAUAGCCAUAACGGACGAUAUCUUGGAUGAGCUGGUGAACAACGUGGACGCUAAGGAUUCUUUUUUAUUGCACGGCCAGAGUUCGGACGGGCGUGCCGACUCUGGCCCGAGGAAGAGAAAGGCGGACGCGUUUGGUUCGACCGUCGUGAACGUAACGAACGCGGAUAAAGAAGUAAUUUACGUGGACAUGGUCAAAAACGAACCGCCGCCGCCAGUCAAGAUCGAAACGCCCAAACCAAUCAAAGAGGAGAAGGUGGCAGAAUUACCAGCGCCAGUACCAACUUCUAACAUCAUUGUUGAAGAAGUUAACGAGAUACCACACAUCAAAAUCGAGAAGAAACGCAAAGAGGACACCAUUGAGGAGGUCCAGUUACCUCACGGAGUCCAACUAAAGACUGUUCAGACGAAGCACUCGCCGUUAAAGAAGCAUAUUAUUACCUCCACCGGGCAUCGAAGAGCGAGCGAUGUUGCUAUUGUGACCUCUGUGGCCACUGAACCACAAGCUCCUGCGCAGCCUCAAAUCGUUACUGUUGCUGUUUCUGAUAGUUUGAAGGUCCGCUUACAAAACCACCUCCUGUCUGCUCAGUCGGGAGUGCUCGUACAGAACGGACCGUUCCCUCCCGUCGUCGCCGUGCCCGUGCAAUCUAGGGAUAACACAGGUACAGUGAGCGCAGCCAGCGCCAGUGCCAGCAGCACGAGCGCGUCCACCGCCAGCGCCGCGGCCGCCGGGCGCCGCCUGUCCGCGCCGCUCGUGCAGCUCGCCGGCGGCGCCCUGCACAAGCACGUGCACGUGCACGCGCCGCACGCGCCGCUCGUCGUGGCGCAGUCGCAUCUACAGCACGUGCCGCCCAGCAAGCUCAAGGUACUGCACGCGCACCCGCUCACGCAGAGCCAGCGCACCGCGCUCCUCGCGCAGAACCGCGCGCUCGGCGGCCUGCCCACCGUCGUCUCGCUCGCCGCGCUCGACGGGAAGGCGCCCGCCGCGCUGCUCAAGGCCGCGCCCGGCUCCGUCGCGCAGCUGUUCGAGAUCAAGGCCGGCCAGCUCGGCAAGGGCCCGCACCUCGUCAACGUGGUGCGCCAGCCCGCGCCGCGCGCGCCGCCCGACGACAAGCGCCGCGUCAACCUCAGCCUCGACGGCCGCCAGAUCGUGCGCGCCGCGCUGCCCGGCGGCGUGCGCCACCAGAUACAGCUCAAGUCGCGCGCGCUCGGGCCCGUGGCGCCGCGCGCGCUCGUCGCCAACCUGCUGCACAAGGCCGUGCCGCUGCCGCGCGCCGCGCACAAGAUCGCGCUGGGCGGCGCCGCGCAGCCGCUGUCGGCCAACGUGUCGGCCAUCGCCUUCGCGGCGCCCGCGCAGCUCAAGCGCCGCCUGGUGAUAAGGUCGGUAGUCGACCGGCGACGUCUCCGGCCGUGUUUCAGGAUAUACUUGUAA